UUCUAUAUUUUUCACGUAAAAUAAAAAUUGAAUCCACGUUCGUGUAACGAUUUCAAUCCCGGUAAUCGAUUCGGUACAACCUGUCUGUCUCAAAAGCAGAAAUUUCAAGUCAAGGCUCUCUCCGGUCGUGGAAUUCUAAUCGCGACAUUCAGGCAGAAGCCGGAAAGGUGGCACGCGACGAACGAGAAGUGAAAAAGUGGGAGAUGCUGUUCCGCUCUUCUGGGAUGCUGAGCCUCUUUCAAAUUCACGCCUUGCCUCGCUCCCAGUGUAGCUGACUGGGAGACCGACGAUCCUUUCCUGAAUUAAAGGCUCGAAUCUUCAUUCCUGAUUCUUGAGUCAACGACGUCGCAUUAUAGAACUCGCGUUAUCUUUUCCAAAAAAAGGAACAAUUGAAAAGAAAGAGAUUUAACGAAUUAAAAAAAAAAAGAAAAUGUGACUGCGCUUUUAAAAAAAGAAGAACCUUUUUGUGAGCAGAAAUCACUAAGCAAGAACCACUGGUUUUUAAAUUACCAAUGCUCUAGUGAAAAAAGUAAUUUCUUGAAAUAAACUUUAUUAAUAGAGUCGAAAAGAGUAGGGCGACGCUAAUAACGCUCUCAUAGUUUUUCCUUCCUCGAUCACAAUGUUUACAAACGCCACUAAAUCUGCAUGUGGCUGGCCGCAACUAUCCAGUUGUGUUCUUGGAUUCGAGAUCGCUCUGAAUGAAGGUGAAACUGUAGUAUUGAAGUUAAAUUUUUAGAAAAAAGUGUACCAGCCUGUAAUUACGAAUAUUCCAAAAAAAGCUCUCGAGGUGUUUGAUUUCUGUGGAAAGUGAAAGUGUACUUUUUAUUCAUUGAGGUGCUGGUUAAGAGUCAUGAUGAAUGACACUUUCUCCAGUUUGGCUACUCUUGAAUUGAAUAAUUUGAGUUCAGAGCGAGAAUUUUUUAAAAGUGUGGGUGAUGUAGAAGAAGCACGUAGAGACUCGAUAUACGUUGUGUUACCAAUUACGAUAAUCUACAUAACCAUCUUCUUCACGGGCUUCAUUGGAAAUGUGUCGACGUGUGUCGUAAUCUCGAGGAACAAGUCCAUGCACACCGCAACCAAUUACUACCUCUUCAGUCUCGCCAUUUCGGACUUGUUGCUGCUGACUUCUGGCCUGCCACCAGAAACGUACUAUAUUUGGAAUCACUACCCCUAUCCUUUCGGGGAAAUUUUCUGCGUGGUUCAGAGCUUCGCCGCUGAGAUUUCGGCUAAUGCUACAGUUCUCACUAUCACGGCCUUCACUGUUGAAAGAUACGUGGCCAUUUGUCAUCCCUUCAUCUCGCACACAAUGUCCAAGCUCUCCCGAGCUGUUAAAUUUGUUAUCGGCAUAUGGAUCCUGGCCCUAUUCUUGGCGAUACCUCAAGCCGUUCAAUAUGGAAUCGUUUACAAUAUCAAUGUAAAUGGUACAGUAGUUGACGAAAUGACCAGUUGUACAGUAAAAAGGAAGUUGCUUGAACACGCUUUCGAGAUUUCAACUAUGUUACUAUUCGUCGUGCCAAUGACGAUCAUCAUCGUCCUCUACAUUCUCAUAGGGGUCAAGCUUCGGAGGUCGAGGUUGAUCUCGUCCGUUAAGAGGACACCAAUCGUCGGGAGUCUCAGUCAUUGCGGCAGUGGCAGAAAGAGCAACUCACAGAGAAAUGUCAUUCGAAUGCUUGUUGCAGUUGUUGUAGCUUUCUUCAUCUGCUGGGCACCAUUUCAUGCACAGCGACUCCUUGCUGUCUACGCCAAAGAAAAAGAAUACCCCCAUCCUAUUUUGGUUACGGUUUACACCACACUGACCUACGUGUCUGGGAUUUUUUACUAUCUAUCGACCACCGUUAAUCCACUACUUUACAACAUUAUGUCCAACAAGUUUCGAGAAGCUUUCAAGAUGAUGCUGUCUAAGCAUUGUGGUAGAAGAUUAGAAAAGGCGAGUCCUUUACGACCAAUUUACAGCAGCCUAUCUCGAUACCCGAGAUCAGCAAUGCACCAUAUCGACUCUCACAAAUCUGCUUCAGUUUCCAUAAGCUAUGAAAAUCAGCGGCUAUCGAAUAACGAUCAACGCCAAAGCUCAUCGGAGGCUAGCAGUGAAAAAAACGAAAACAAAUCUCAGGCGGCUGGUGACUUGAAAACGAAUGGAAGUCAUCCAGGAAUUUGUAGGAAUAGCUCCAGAGGUUCGUCAAAUUCGAGCCAAGUCACUGUCAUGACUGCUCUUGGAAAAAGUUUCAGUGAGGGGAACAACAACUCAGAAACUACUUAUUUUGACGAAUGCCCUCUAAGGAUACAAUCUCGACCAUUAAAAGCUGUAACACUGGGAAUUCUGGCCGAACGUCUGAGGUUUGGAACCAAGGGCUUGUUCGCGAAUGAGCAAAGACCAGCAAAACCCAAAGCAAAACCGGAAGUGGCGAGUGCAACCCCAAAGUUCAACAGCCAUCCCAGCAUUGACAGUGCAAACACAAUUAGCAAUUCGAGUUUGCAGGAUUUCGACGAAACAGAAUUUACCGGAACUGAAUUAGCGAGGUACAUGAGGGAAUUAAACGUUGACCUGGUAACCUGAAGACCCUUUACACGCAGGGAAGGUCACCCGACUUUUCGUCGAUUUUCACUCAAAAAUUAAUGAGCGUUUUCGAAGAUUCGCCUCAUCUACAGUCCUAGUUUGGACAGAGAUCCAAUUCUGGUAUCGUCGAACUGAGAGACCAUGACGUCAAUUUCGGUAUUUAAUACUCGGGCAUUGUCAAAAAAGUAGCGGAUUAUACCUUCCAUGUAAGAAAAUGGUGCAAAAAUUAUAGCGGGGUUUCAAAGAAUGUUGAAUGUCUCUAAUAAACUCUUUCGAAAUCCUCAACGCCUUAAAAAGAAGAGUCUAUUUUUACCUGAAAAAUUAGCAAAUUAAUUCUAUUUUUUCAAUAUAAAAUUACCAAAAGAAAUCAUUAAAGAGGACUAUCAAAUUAAUGUUAAAUUAACUUUUCCCUCUUUGAAGAUUUUAUCAAAUAUUAAGUAAUUCUUACGGAAACUACCUAUAAUUUUAUAUCUAACGAAAGAUACGAAAGCGCUAUUAAUGUGAAUGAGGCCCAUAAAUAUGGGGUAGAAAAAUACGGAUAAUAUCGUUAAGGAGUGUGUCUAUAAAUUAACAAUAAGAGCUCAUAUUUAGUCCCAGUGAAUUGUUUUGUUAUAUGUAUUAACUUUUACGAUUAUAAAACUUUUCAAUACUGUUGCACACUUGU